GACACUGGAGACGCCGCUGAGACCUGGCACAAAGCGCAAGAUGCCAAGCUACAAACUCACUUAUUUUAAUAUGAGGGGGAGAGCAGAAAUCAUCCGGUACAUAUUUGCUUAUUUGGACAUCAAAUAUGAAGACCAUAGAAUAGAACAAGCUGACUGGCUCAAAAUCAAAUCAACUGUUCCAUUUGGCAAAAUCCCCAUUUUGGAAGUCGAUGGAUUUAUCCUUCACCAGAGCCUAGCAAUAGCGAGAUACUUGACCAAAAACACAGAUCUGGCUGGGAAAACAGAAGUGGAACAAUGCCAAGUUGAUGCCAUUGUGGACACUUUGGAUGAUUUCAUGUCACGUUUUCCUUGGGCAGAGAAAACGCAGGAUAUAAAAGAUCGAAUGUUUAACGAAUUGCUCACGUACGAUGCACCUCACCUUCUGCAAGAUUUGGACACAUAUUUAGGGGAAAAAGAGUGGUUUGUUGGUAACACUGUAACAUGGGCGGACUUCUACUGGGAUAUCUGCUGCACCACGCUGCUGGUCCUCAAGCCUGACUUGCUGGACGUCCGCCCCAGGCUGAAGGCCUUGCAGAAGAAAGUCCAAGCCAUUCCUGCCAUAGCUGACUGGAUCCAGCGGAGGCCCCCCACCAAACUCUAGCUGAUUCAUGCCACUUUCAAGAUUCACGGUUUCUCACAGCAUCUCUGCCUCAGAUAAGACAGCGAUGUCAGCUUGCUCGUUAUCGACAGACUCUCCGCCCCAGCACCAAGACUUCCACUCUUUUUUUUUUUUUUAAAGGAUUUACUUAUUAUUU